CUGCUGUCUGUGUUGUCCCCAAAACAACACACACAUUCUACACGAUCAGCUAGGACCCGUUACUUGCUCCCCAUCCCAGCUAAAUGGCAACACACCUGCUCCGAAAUGGGGCUUCCAGCUGGCUGCUCAAGCACUGUCUUUCCCGCCACCACACACUGAAGCGCUGCCUGAGUGUGACCUCCAGCCUGGACAAGAAGGUUUCCUUCAAUCUGAGUGACAUCGGCGAGGGUAUACGCGAGGUGACGGUCAAGGAGUGGUUCGUCAAGGUGGGCGACACCGUGGAGCAGUUUGACAAUCUGUGCGAGGUGCAGUCGGACAAAGCAUCGGUGACCAUCACCAGUCGCUACGAUGGCAAAAUCACCAAAAUCCACCACAGCAUCGAUGAGAUAGCGUUGGUGGGCAAGCCCCUGCUGGACUUUGAUGUGCUCGACGAGGAGGGUGACGAGGAUAGCGCCGACUCCAGCUCUUCUUCCUCCGAUGGUUCCUCCAGCGAAGCGGAGACUGCCAAGCCAUUGGCAGCAGCGGCUGACUCCAACACUGGUGGUGGUCGAGUAAUCACCCCAGCCACUCCCGCCGUUCGUCGCCUGGCCAAGGAACAUCAGCUAAACCUUGCCGAUGUGCCGCCCACGGGCAAGAACGGACGCGUCCUCAAGGGCGACAUACUGGAGUAUCUGGGGCAGGUGCCACCCGGCACAAAUAUCCCUCAUCCCACGAUUGCCGCCAAGCUGCAGUCUCAGACUGCUGCUACGACAGCCGUCGUCCCCGUUCCUGCUGAUCGUGUAGAGGUGCUAAAGGGUGUCCGCAAGGCCAUGCUCAAGGCAAUGACCGAGUCCCUGAAAAUUCCGCACUUUGCGUACAGCGAUGAGAUCGACAUGUCCAACCUGGUGCAGUUCCGCGCCCAGCUGCAGGCGGUGGCCAAGGAGAGCGGUGUGCCCAAGCUGACGUUCAUGCCGUUUUGCAUAAAGGCGGCGAGCAUUGCUCUGGCCAAGUAUCCGAUUGUUAACAGCUCCCUGGAUCUGGCCAGCGAGUCUCUGGUCUACAAGGGAGCCCACAACAUAAGCGUGGCCAUCGACACGCCCCAGGGCCUGGUGGUGCCGAACAUUAAGAAUUGCCAAUCGAAGAACAUCAUUGAGAUAGCCAAGGACCUCAAUGCGCUGGUGGAGCGGGGACGCACUGGCUCGCUGACCCCCUCGGACUUUGCCGACGGCACAUUCUCCCUGUCCAACAUUGGCGUUAUUGGCGGAACCUAUACACAUCCCUGCAUUAUGGCACCACAGGUGGCCAUCGGUGCCAUGGGCCGCACCAAGGCUGUGCCUCGCUUCAACGACAAGGACGAGGUGGUCAAGGCGCACAUCAUGAGCGUCAGCUGGUCGGCCGAUCAUCGUGUCAUCGAUGGCGUCACCAUGGCCUCGUUCUCGAACGUCUGGAAACAGUACCUGGAGCAGCCGGCCCUAUUCCUGCUGCAUUAAAUCCGCUCGCCGGCAGGGGCCACCGCUCCCUUCGACCAGACUAUGGUCUGACCAACGGAUAAGGCUGUUUUUGUUGCAUUUAUCUAGAAACAUACGCAUAUAAUUCUGUUAAUCGUUAGAGGUGCCAUGCCUGGGCAACCGUGUGCCGCCGCUCUCCCCCCCCCAAAUGUGCAUUUAUAGGAGGCAGCUGCUCUGAGCGGCUCCUCGAUAGCUUUAAGCUCCUGGCUGGCACACGGUCAAGCCCCGGAUCAUGAGUAUUCUCUUCAAUUGUUGCCCGCUCUUAAGCCCCAUAGCCAAUCUUAGUGUUUUAAGCUGUCAGCUUCCAUUUACAGUCCAACUGUAGUGUGUGCAAUUAUUUUAAAGCCCUGUUCCAAUAAAUAUCCUAUCGGGUUUACAGCGUU